AUGCCAGUUUGGACGAAGCAGGAGAUCUUCGACUGUCGUGAGCUGAUAUUAUCGGGCACGACAGAAGACACUGUGGAGGAACGCUAUCGUCGGUGGGGCGACAAUGCACGCUAUGUCUUGUGCGACGCUGAAGAUUGUGAUCAACAAUGUUUUUUCGACAUGUCGAUAAAUGAUUUCAGCUUGAAUUCGUUAGUCGAGGCGAGAGACGAAUCGGGCGGAAUUGAGAAUUUGAUUUUUCUGCUGCUGCACUAUCGUGUCAACGACGACUUUUCCAAGGACGGAUUUGUCUUUGCGUCGGAUCACGUGUGCGAAAAGGUUUAUAAAAAGCUGCUUUGGCACAACAGGGGAGAUCUAAUGAAUAAUUUUGCUUCUUCUCGUCGUAGCAGUGGCGAUCAUGCGGUGCUCUAUGAAUCAUUGGAUGAUGCAUAG